UCUUUAUAUCUGAUUUCCUCCGAGACGUCAAUCAUGUUCAGAAACAAGGAUCCAGAGAGCGUUCCCCUGUUCACAAAUGAGGGCAACACUUACACCUCUGUGGGAAGCGUGCCAAACCAGGAGGCUUUACAGAGAGACCGUACCGGUGGCAUCAAACAUUGCCAUGACAACAGCCACGCUCAGGAGGAUCGCGAGCGAGAGAAGAAAGUUGCCAGGAAGAGGCUGUACGUGGUCUCUGUCAUCUGCCUGAUUUUCAUGAUCGGCGAAAUCCUGGGUGGGUAUUUUGCAGGCAGCCUGGCGGUGAUGACAGACGCUGCUCACCUGCUAGUGGACUUCACCAGCUUUGUCAUCAGCCUGUUAUCCCUUUGGCUCUCCUCCAGACCUGCCACGCACAAGCUCAGCUACGGCUGGCAUCGUGCAGAGAUCCUGGGUGCGCUGCUGUCAGUUUUCACCAUCUGGCUGGUAACAGGAGUGUUGGUUUACCUGGCUGUGGAGCGCCUCAUCAGUGAUGACUACACCAUCGACGGCACUAUCAUGCUCAUUACUUCUGGCUGUGCUGUGCUGGCCAAUAUUAUCAUGGCCCUCACCCUUCACCAGUCCGGCCACGGCCACAGCCACGGCGGCCUGAGCUCACACGGUCACAGCCACGGUGACAAGAAACAAAAAGGAUACAAUCAGAUCUCAAACCACGCUCACUCCAAUGAUAACCAUGUAGAUGUGGAGCAAGACGGGGCAGGUCAUGGACGGAGGGCUCAGCAGGCCAAUGCCAGUGUGCGAGCGGCCUUUGUCCACGUGAUGGGAGAUCUUCUCCAGAGCCUCAGCGUGCUUGUCAGCGCCAUCAUUAUCUUCUUCAAGCCAGAAUAUAAGAUAGCGGACCCCAUCUGCACCUUCCUGUUCUCCAUUUUAGUCCUGUGUACCACCUUCACCAUCAUGAGAGACAUCCUUGUCGUCCUGAUGGAAGGCACUCCAGCAGGGGUGAGGUACAGUGAGGUGCGGGAUGGUCUGCUCGCAGUGAAGGGGGUCACAGCUGUCCAUAACCUUCACAUCUGGGCCCUCACCAUGAACCAGGCUGUGCUGUCUGCACACGUAGCCAUAGAUGAGUCAGUGGAUGCUCAGACCGUCCUAAGAGAAAUGACUCAGGCUUGUUUCUCCUCCUACAACUUCCACUCUGUUACAAUUCAAAUGGAGAGACAGGCUGACCUGAAGCCUGGAUGUACCCUGUGUGAGGACCCCAAGAUGUAGGAACCGGCCUCAGUCAUGCAUCUGCGCACAGCAGAACAGAGCCGAGCUACGAUUUAGCUGCUGUAACUGGAGGUGGUGAGAGUAUUUAGUUGUUCUGCUGCACUGCUCAUUGGACCCUGAGGUCUUAUGUUUUACUGUGACAUUAAUACCAAAGUCACAUGACUGCGCCUUAAGUGCCUUUGUGUUUGACAUAGCCCCCCCAAAAAAUGUUGAUAAUGAAAUAACAGCGAGCAUGUUUUAAUGAACGGCAAGCUGGCUCAGGGUAUAAAUGAUUUUAGGCGAAAAGCUUUUUAAGUGUAAAAUACAAAUCACUCUACACUGUAACAAGUGUUCAUUCUUUUCUGAAUCUUUACAUGUUCUAUGAUUGAGUCUGUUGAGUAAACUGCUAAUUUAUACUUCGACUCACUAUUUUAAGCAUACAUCUGAAUUACUGUGUUUGUUUACCCUCUGAACGAAUGUGACACAUCCAGGAUGGUGCUGAAGUACUGUUUGUUUGAGCAUUAACCUGCUGUAUCAAUCCAAGACGCUGGAUCCAGCCACAUCCAUUUAUGCAAAAUCUGAUACAUGUAAAUAUAGACCGG